UUAAACAGACUCGGUUUUCCAAUGAUCACAGUCGUGCGAUGAUUUAUCAAGCACAUUCAUAAAUAUACUUGGACCAAAGUUGGUUAAACGGAUACAUAUUUUCCAAAUGAAAUAAUGAAUUCCAAAUUUCAACGCCCAAUUGUUGUUUAGUUUAUGGUGACCCGCCUCUCCUGUCCUUGAAUGACAUCACUUGUCAAUAACCGCACGUUCGUUAUAAGACGGCCGCUGGUUGACUCAGUGGAGUUUAAAGAAAUAAUCUUCUGUUCAUACAACGCAAUACUUUUCAUAGGAUAAUAACAAAUAUUUCAAGGCGAAAAAGGCUUUGUCGUUGGAUCUCACCUGGAGCAUAUGUUACAUGUGUAUAUUUACUUGGGUGUGGCAUCAGUAUAAUAGCAUUUUAACCACAGACUGCGAUGGAGGACCUUGAUGAAGGAUGCCGAACACCCCUACAAUGACGACAACAGGACGGCCACUGCGUCCGGAGCCGGCUCUGGGGGUAAAGGUGGUCAAAACCGACGCCCCAUUUUGGAUCAAACUGGUCAGUGCUGGAUCUGGAGCUUGUCUCGCUGAUGUGGCUACAUUUCCUCUUGACACCACCAAAGUCAGAUUACAGGUUCAAGAUAAAGUAGGGAGUACUUGCAGUAACUACUCGGGCGUUGUCCGGACCAUUCUGACUAUUUUCCGUGAGGAAGGUGGCAGGGGGCUCUACAGGGGUUUAGUACCGGGUCUACAACGGCAGCUAUGUUUCUCCACAAUAAAACUGGGUUGCUAUGAUGAUGUCAAAAUCAUGUACACCAACUUUCUGUUUAAAAAGGGUGAUAAACCGAACAGCACCCCCGUUUCGAUCCGAAUUUUAGCUGGAGUUACCACGGGGAUGCUCUCCGUAGCGAUUGCGCAUCCAACUGAUGUUGUCAAAGUUCGCAUGCAGGCACAGUUUGGAAGCAACCGUGGACGGUAUGUCAGCACUUCCGAUGCGUACAAGACAAUUUAUACCAAAGAGGGGAUGAAAGGACUAUGGCGUGGAUGUCUUCCAAAUAUGACACGGAAUGGGAUUGUGAACGUUGCGGAAGUUGUUACGUAUGACGUAAUUAAAGACCGCCUAAUAGGCGGGGGCGUUAUGUCUGAGGGUAUACCGUGCCAUCUGGUGUCGGCCUUUGUGGCGGGAUUUUGUGCUACAGUCGUAGCGUCACCCGUAGAUGUGGUGAAGACUCGCUAUAUGAACUCCAUGCCGUCACAAUACCAGAAUGCAAUCCACUGCGCCAUGGUUUUAUGGAGAGAGCUGGGCUUUGGUGGCUUUUAUAAAGGAUUUUUACCUGCAUUAUUGAGGAUUGGGACAUGGAAUGUUUUAAUGUUUCUGAGUUAUGAGCAAAUAAAACUCCUAAUUCAAGGACACUCGGUCAUUCCAUCUUCCCAGAAUGUCCCUAGAGCUACGCCAAUUCUCUUGAAAGACAAGCACAUAUAAGGACAUAUCAGUAAAUAAUGAUUUGUGUCAUUACGUAAUUUCGAAUUUUACAUGGGUGGAUAUAUUUACAUUACAAAGGCUAAAUCUCUUAAUCUUUCCAAAGCCCGUUGUUCAACUUGUAUAUAUGCACACAUCGUUUCGGUUAUGAGACUACAUCUUUCAAAAAAUAAUAAUUCAUUGGUUAACUAUAGAGAACUGCUGUCAUGAUUAUUUACAAUGUAUUGCGUGUUUCUAUCAUAUUAUACUGCAUGUUAUACAUGGGAACAAACACCUGUGUGUUCCUGGAUAAAGUUGAUCUCUUAGAUAUUCAUUUAAUAUACAUGUAUUAUAUAUACCAUAUAUAUAUUUUUUGAAUUCCAAUGUGAUAAUUAAACAAUGCAUAUUUGUCGCAUACAUAGUGUACCAUAUGUUAUCCUACGUAUAUUUAUUUUGUUGAUUUUUCAAAAUAUAUUAUUUUCUUACAACAGUACAAUGCCUUUUUUUUGGUAAGAUAGAUAUAUACACAUGUAUAUAUUUAUCUAUUUAUUGCAUAUACGAAAAUAAAUUUUACUUGAUUUUU